UACGGCUGGCAGUUCAUCCUUAGAGAGAAUGGGUUUAACCGUAUCGUUGUCGACGCCAUUUCCCUGACCACACUGCUGAACUUUGAGAGUCACGAUGCCGUUCCAAGAACGCAGCGUGUUGAAGAGCUAACGAAUGGUCAUUGCAGGCGUGAUCAGGUCCUGGACCACUUUAUUGCGGCGUGCCGAAAUGUAACGUGUUCCAAGGGGAAAAUCUUCAACGGAACUGCAUGCAAUGAUGUUGUUCAAGCUACGAAUAUAUACGGCCUUGAGAUAUGUCUGCACGUCCGUGUUGAUGUCCCAUCACGGUUAGUCUCAAGAGAAGCUGUUGACGAUUUGACGUUCACCAUCGAUAAGAUGCUAUAUAGUGUUCAGAACGAACUUCAUGACUACGUGUGGGUGAGAACAUCACAACAGCUGUAUCAUCUACAGAACUGCGACAGCCACCCCCGCUUCCUCAUUGUUCACAUAUAUACACAGAUGUUCUCCACUACACCGUCCAGCCUGGAGAACUUGAUGACCUCUCUACCAGACAUUUUAACUAAACACAUUUCAGAUGAGAAAUAUGGACAUGGAAACGUAUCGCUGACUUUGAAUCAGAAAUGUGCACAAAUGAUCCUGCCAACAUUAAAUUGUUUCGAUGAAGGUGUUCAUGAUAAAAGAAUGAACGCUGCACGCCUCACCAACUCAGCUGCUUACAUUUCGUCACAGAUAGAAUAUAUACCUUGGAACAAUCAAGCGCUAUGUCCACAGGUGCUCUUGCAACAACAUGAGUUCUUUCUGGAACUGGAUGGCGACAAGCAAGAUGUCACUAAUGUUCUGUUUCCGAACGUUUCAUUGCACAGUCCUUUACCUUUGAACAAGGUUGAUCCAUAUAUGCAAGAGUUUUAUGUAUUGAGAAUCAACGGUACGGACAGCAUCUUUAAAAGUGAAAUGUUUCUACUGGGUGACAAUGACACUGCUGUUGUUUGUUUAGAUGAUUAUCAGAAAUUAGUGAAAAGAGCCCCUUUAGUAACACCUGAAUACAUUGACUGGCCUCUUGGUCGGACAUCUGUUGUAUGUACAUGUGUAUCUUUAUUGUUCCUCAUCAUUACCUUCGUGUUUUAUUGUGCAUAUCCUACUCUGAGAACAUCUGGAGGGGUGAUUAACAUGUGCCUCAUCGUCACCUUGUUUCUUACUCUCUGUGUGUAUGAGUUUGGAAUGGAACAGAACGAGAAUGAAACUGUAUGCGUCAUCAUUGGCAUUUUCAUUCACUUUUUCUGGCUGUCCGUUCUGUGUUGGAUGAAUGCCUGUACAACCCACAUGUUUCUCAAACUGUCCUUCCCGCUGCGAUGGCGCCGCAGUGAGUCGCUGGAAAGAACGUUACUGUUUUGGUCUUUGUUUAGCUUCCUUACACCCGUGGCCAUUGUCGGCAUUAACAUAACUGUGCACUACUCUCUGGACAGGGAGUUCGGAUAUGGUGGGAAGGUAUGUUACUUGAACACCGUUUCAGGACGAAUAUACAGUUUCGGUGUUCCCGUUGCUGUUGUGUCUUUGUUGAACAUUUUCCUCUUCAUAUUCACCAUGUGCAAACUAAAGAGAAAGUUCGAGCCUGUUCAAAAAAGUUCCAAUUCAAAGUUGAACAUGGUAGCAUGUGUCAAGUUGUCAACAAUUACUGGAAUUUCAUGGCUCUUUGGGUACUUAUAUGAAUUAACACAAACUAGGGUCUUGGCAUAUGUAUUCACAAUUCUGGUUGCUGGCCAGGGUGUGUUUCUAUUUUUGGCAUUCAUCGUAAACAAAAAGACGUUAGGACUUGUGUGCUCCAAGAAAAGAGGUUCAAGUAAAUAUACCUCGUCAUCUAAUUCAAACAACAAUAACAACAGUAAAUCGGGGCCACUUACAACACAGACAUCUCGGCUUUAAGUAAGGCGUGAACAGAAAGGCCAGGAAUACAACCUAUAUAUAACAUUAGUCUGUUUGUAAAUUACCCGAUUCAUUUAUGCCGUUUUCAAACUGCGGUUGUCUUACAAGUUGACUGAAAAUACUGCAUCUUUAUCAAUUUAUUGUAUUUGAUUACAUAGACAAUUAUGUUAGGAUUAAAAGUCAUAUAAAGUUGAUAUCGUUGAGCUUUACUUUAAUCACAUAUUGCUGAGAAAUAGCGGACACAAUGGAAAAUAGUUUUCUUGAGGAGUUGUUGAGUAGAAAAUGAUGAUCAAAGAGGAAUCCGUCUUGCUGUGAGAUAACGUUAUUCUUAAAUGAUGGAUUGAUUCUUAAAACAUGUGACCCGUGAAGGUCCGGGUUAGAAUACUGAUCUUCAGUAACCCAUGCUUGUAGUAAGAGGCGACUAACAGGA